AUGUCCUCCUCUAAUCAAACUCAGUUGAACACAACUUUUAAUCUGCAGCGUCAGGGACUCCUAGGAGUGGUGUUUUUUUCCACGGUGACAACGCUGCCAUGCUGUGUGUUUCUUUUCAUCAAUGUGACAAUGUUGUACACCUUGAGGAGUAAAGAGGCGUUUCGAGAGACGUCUCGUUUUAUUCUACUGUUUAACCUUCUGUUUUCAGACACCGUCCAGCUGGCACACAGUCAGUCCAUGUUUUUACUGUCUACCUUUAGAGUAACCCUGCUGUAUUCUGUAUGUGUGGUUUUAGUUUCAUUCAACAGCCUCACACUCAGCGUUUCUGUCAUCACACUGGUGGUUAUGUGUCUAGAGAGAUACGUAGCUGUGUGCUUUCCAUUCAGACACAGUGUGUUGAUCACCACCAAAAACACAGGAGUGGUUAUUUGUGUCAUCUGGUGUUUCAGUUCACUAAAAGACUUUAUGCAGUUGAGUCUAGCUUUAAAAAUGUUUUUACACGAUGUGAGCCCAGUCCAGAUGCAAGACUUCUGUGGUAAAGAGAAUGUGUUUGUUGAUCCAGCUUCUAUUAUUUUUAACAGAGCUGUCACCUAUUUUCUGUGUGUACUAGGUGGUAUAACCGUUAUUUUCUCCUAUACUGGGAUCAUUGUAGCAGCUCGCUCGGCCUCCACAGACAAAGCUUCAGCCAACAAGGCGCGAAGAACUCUGCUGCUGCAUCUGCUGCAGCUGGGCCUCACACUGUCCUCAACAAUGCACAACUCAUUGCUCAUAGUUAUCUCAAAUAAUCUAGACAGGGUUCAAGCUGUGAACAUGCAGAUUGUCCUUUAUGUUUGUGGCAUUGUCCUGCCUAAAUGCCUGAGCUCCCUUAUCUACGGCCUCAGAGACCAAACAAUUAGACCUGUUCUUAUGUUGAACCUCACCUGUCAGUGGAGAGGCUCAGCUUUCAUUUCCAACGUCCAAGCUAAAAAUAAAGUCAGAGGACCUGUAAAGCAACGGAUUUAA